AUGUUGCUCUCACCGCUUCUUCUUCUUCUUCUUCAUCUAUCUUUCUCAAUCCCACCGUCCUUCUCACAGUCGUUCUUCUAUAAUGGUUUCAAAAACUGCGCUUCCACCAACAUAACCAUGAACGGAGUUGCAGAGAUCACCGACGAUGGUAUUCUCAGGCUUACGGAUGUCCGCUCUCGUUUGAUUGGCCGGGGGUUUUACCCUGAUCCGAUUCGUUUCAAGAGUCCCACAACGGGGGCGUCUCUCUCUUUCUCCACUUCUUUCGUAUUCGCCGUCGUGCCCAAGUACAGACAGCUCGGGGGUCAUGGCUUAGCUUUUACAAUCUCUCCGACCAAAGACCUCGCCGGAGCUCAACCCAGUCAAUACCUCGGCCUCCUUAAUUGCAGCCUCAAUGGGAAUUCAUCUAAUCACCUCUUUGCGGUAGAAUUUGACACCGUUCAAGAUUACGAAUUCGUUGAUAUCGAUGAUAAUCACGUCGGUGUUAACAUUAAUCGUAUGAGAUCGGUGAAUUCGACCAGAGCUGGGUUUUUUGUUGAUGGGGAUUCAACAAAACAGGAGAUUUGUUUACAUAGUGGGAAAAAGAUUCAAGCUUGGAUCGAUUAUGAUGCUGACAUACCCCAAUUGAAUAUCACUCUUUCCAUGUAUUCAAAAAAACCCAGUACGCCGAUCUUAUCUCUCCCGGUGGACUUGUCGCCGGUUUUUCAAGAUUUUAUGUACGUUGGGUUUUCUGCUUCAACGGGUCUUCUUGCUAGCUCCCAUUAUGUCUUCGGAUGGAGCUUCAACAUGACCGGAAAAGCAAAAUCGUUGAAUCUUCAUCACCUCCCUUCACUUCCAUCAUUUAAAAAGAAUAAAAGAGGUUUCAUAAUUGGGCUUUCUGUUUCGAUAAUAUUAGCUUUUUUCAUCAUCACGAUCGGCGGUGCUGUUUAUGUUUUCAAACAAUUCAAUCACGUAGACCUGGUUGAAGAUUGGGAGCUUGAUGUGGGCCCUCAAAAGUAUUCUUACAAGGAUUUGAAGGAUUCUACAAAGGGUUUUCACGAGAAAGAAAUGCUCGGAUAUGGUGGAUCCGGUAAGGUUUACAAAGGGGUUUUGCCUAAUUCGACUACCCAAAUCGCACUGAAGCGAAUUCUGAAGGAAUCAAAACAUGGGCAGAAGGAAUUCGCGUCGGAGAUUUCAACAAUUGGCCGGCUCCGGCACCGGAAUCUUGUUCAAUUGUUGGGUUGGAGUAGAAGAAAAGGUGAGUUUUUGCUGAUUUAUGAUUUCAUGUCAAAUGGCAGCUUAGAUAAUUAUAUUUUCAACAACCCAAAAACGAUUUUGAGUUGGGAGCAAAGAUUCAAAAUCAUAAACGAUGUAUCAAACGGAUUACUGUAUCUUCACGAGGGUUGGGAACAAACUGUGCUCCACAGAGACAUUAAAGCCGGAAAUGUGUUACUAGAUUCGGACUUAAAUGGCCGUUUAGGUGACUUCGGGUUGGCUAAGUUAUACGACCAUGGUUCGCACCCCACCACCACCAAAGUGGUCGGUACACUGGGUUACAUGGCUCCUGAGCUGACUCGAACCGGGAAGCCCACCACGAGUUCCGAUGUGUUUGCUUUUGGAGCUUUAUUGUUAGAGGUUGUAUGUGGCCGGAGACCCAUUGAACUCAAAGCCUCACCGGAGGAGCUCAUUUUGGUGGAUUGGGUGAUGGAUAAGUGGCGAGAAGGGAGGUUACUUGAGGUGGUGGAUUCAAGGUUGAAAGGAGAGUUCGAUCAAGUCGAGGUUAUGAUGGUGUUGAAGCUUGGGUUGAUGUGUUCUAGUGAUGAACCAUCAUUCAGGCCGAGUAUGAGGCAGGUGAUUAGGUACUUGGAGGGAGAGAUACCCUUGCCGGAGAUUUUAGCUCCGCCAUGUGAGAAAAGUGGUUUUGUGGUGGGCUUUGAGGAGUUUGCAGCUUCGUUAAAGAAAGUGGAUACUUGGUCGGUUGGAUAUAGAGAAGGGGAUGCUGAUCUUGAAGCUGGUUCUGGUUCGCCUUAG